AUGGCAGCAUUUAAUGAACAAAGUCGUUUUCAGUUUACACAACUAGAAAAUAUGAUCUGGCAUUCUUUAGACAAUCAUUUAUAUAGAAACGCAAUCUUUCUUGCGGAGAGACUACAUGCACAAGACCAUAACAAUGAAAAUUCGCGUUUUUUACUGGCGACUUGUUAUUAUCGUAACGGACAAAAAAAAGCUGCAUAUACGUUAUUAAAAGAAGCUCAAUCAGUAAAAUGCAAAUAUCUUUUUGCAAAAUGUUGCCUGGAUCUUAACAAAGCGGGUGAAGGUGAAGAAAAACUCCGGUCGGUUUUAUUGGAAAUAGAUGACGUUUCGUCAGACUCAUUUGGUCAUAUAUCCAAAAAUGUUCUACCAGACGCGUCUUCUGUCUUAUGCCUUCUAGGUGCUUUGUGCAAGCAAGCAAAGCGUCCAGAAGAUGCUGCUCAUCAUUAUCUUUGUUGUAUAAAAAAAAAUCCAUAUAUGUGGGAGGCGUUUGAAAGUCUUUGCCAGCUUGGUAAAUCAAAUCAAGUUGACAUUGACGAAAUAUUCCAGUCUAACACAGAAAAAUCUACAAGAAUACCGUGCGCUGAUUUAUUUCGUAAUACACAAAUGUUUGUACCGCAAUCGAGUUUAAAGGGUGAAAAAAGUCCGAGGAGAAGUAUGCAGAUUUCUUCAUUGAAGACUGCGUUACCAUUGAUAUCUACACCUGUUACGGAUGUUAGAGAAAAAAAAAGAUCUCGAACUUCUAAUGAUGAUAGAAUUCUUAUAGGCUUAGACGACGAAAAGAAACGGUCCAGAGUAACAAGAGAAGGAAAAACAAUUACAAAUGUUGAAAAUGAAGUAACGGAAGCUCUGCAGAAAACUACAUUAAGUCCUCAGAUUAAUUUGGAAUUCUCGGGAAAUUCUGACAAAAUGGAUGACAUGGAUUGGAAAUCAGAUAAUAAUGAAUUCCUACAUUUGUUAAAGCAAUUGGCUAAGGGCUAUGGGUAUCUAAGUCAAUAUGAAUGCGCUAAAGCGAUUGAAAUUUUUAAGGAUCUUCCAUCUUCACAAUUUAAUACAGCGUGGGUCCAAAGUCAUAUUGCGAAGGCUCAUUUUGAAAUGGUUAAUUAUCCUAUG